CCCACUCUGGCAGUUGGCAUGAGUGUCAUUUCUCAAAGAGAGAGGGAAAGGAGAAGAGAGGAAGAGAAAGAGGGAAGAGAUACAGAAGGCUUCACACACUCACACACACACAGACACACAAACGGAGACAGCAUCGCGUGGUCUCAUUGUGUGCUGUGCAGGAGGAGAGAGUGCAGGACGGUAUUCUGAAGGAGAUAUUUGGUGCCAUGUCUGCUGCCCGCUGACACAGCCAGAGGAAAAUGUUGACAUUGCCCAUUGAUGAACCAGCUAUGAUGUGUGAGCCACGGUUCGGUGCGAAUUACCCCCGCGAGACAUUACCUGAGGACCUGGCGCGGGAUAUCGGCCGGCGGGACAGCAUGCACGAGGAUAUGUCCAACUCGGACAUGCGUGAGGAUGAUCUGCUGGAGGACGAGGACCUCUCUCUCGGAGAGGAGGACGAGGACGAGAGGGAGGAGGACGAGCCCGACGCCAACGGGAUAGCCAAGACGCGGGGGCCCCGGAGGAAGAAGCCGUCCAAGGGGCGCCACGAGCGGGUCAAAGUUCGACGGCAGGAGGCGAACGCGCGGGAGCGGAGCCGCAUGCACGGCCUGAACGCGGCGCUGGAGAGCCUGCGUAAAGUGGUGCCGUGCUACUCCAAAACCCAGAAACUCUCCAAGAUCGAGACGCUCAGGCUGGCUAAGAACUACAUCUGGGCUCUGUCCGAGACUCUGAGCGCGGGAAAGAGGCCGGACCUGCUCGCCUUCGUGCAGACCCUGUGCAAGGGCUUGUCCCAGCCCACCACCAACUUAGUCGCAGGGUGUUUACAGCUGAACGCCAGAAACUUCCUCACCGACCACAACGGGGACGUCAUGUUCUCCGCAAGGCCCCCCCCUUACGACUCCAUGUACCCCUACCCCGGCUCCGAGGCGAGCGCCCCGCCAGGCCACAGCAGCAGCGGCGGCGGUACCGCGGACAGCGCCAAGCCCUUCCGCCACUACAACUACGGUGGUGCCGCGUACGACGCCGGCUACUACGAGAACGCGUCCCCGGAGGGCGGGAGUCCCCACCUGGACGGGCCGCUCAGCCCGCCGAUGAACUUCAACGGGAUCUUCUCGCUGAAACACCACGACGACGCGUCCGAAUACAGCAAGAGCAGUCCUUACGGGAUGCGCUACUGCGGUGCGCCAGGCCGCGCUGCGCUCGGGCAGAACUCCAUGAUCGAGGGGGGGGGCCCCGAGGCCCGGUUCCCCUACGACCUGCACCUCCGCGGCCAGCCCUACCAGCCGCAGGCCGAGAUGCACGGCGCUUUCCACAAUUGAUGGAGAGUUGGGAGCACAGGUUUUCAACAACGGGGAUGUAUGCCACGUUUUUAGAGAGGAGUUAAGAAGUGAGGGACUGUUGACACACGAAACACAUGAAUGAGAAGAAGAGAUCAAACAGGUUUUAUUGCGUUUGAGUUUGAUUUUGUGGUGCAACUUCUGGUUGGGUUGUCUGGUAGGCUGGUCUACGUCACUUUUACUUGUAUGCCUUUUUGGACACUGUUACGCUUUGAGAGAAACUCUGAGAAACUGCUUGAGAGAUGAAAAUGAAAAUGAAUUCCACCCACACACACACACACACACACACACACACACACACACACACACACACACACACACACACACACACACACACACACACACACACACACACACACACACACACACACACACGCACACACACACACACACACACACACACACACACACACACACACACACACACACACACACACACACAAGCUGUGGAGCAUAUAUUAGAGUUUGGUGGUAAAUAGAUCCAGUGCACAAUAUAGGCCUAACUAUUCGGAAAAUAUCACAAUUCUUAUACGAGGCAUCAAAAUGAAACAAGACUAUCCGUUGUUUUCUGGCCGAGAAGCUGAACGAUCCUUCUGAUGAAGGCAACGAAACUUCAUGGAAUUGCUCAUUUUUCUUCUUCAGGCGUCAAAGCUUUUAAUCUGUUCGCAAUAAACGGAGCUAUGCAAAGGAGCCCAACACAAUCUCUUCUUAAUGUUAUAUAACUAGUAGAAUUACCCUUACAUCGCCAUCAAGUUGAGGAUUACGUUUAAAAAAAUGAGCUAAAGAAGGAUACUUUGGAGACUCCAUCUGUGUUGGAGACCUGCAUGUUAGGGGUCGGUUCUAUAAAUACAUUCUCAACUGUUUGGUGAAACGAAAAAAAAUAUUUGUGAAGCAGAAGCAUUUGUAUUUGCAGUUGAAGUUGUGUGGUAAAUGUAAAUUAUUUUAUUUAUGUAUUUAUUUCGCUAUUUAUUGAUCCGUAAACAUAUGUAUGUGGAUGCCUUUACACUCUGUUUCUGUUGAAUUAUGGUAUAUUCCGAUUUCAAUCGCUGCUGUAUUUAUCUUGGCCUCAGAUAUUAAGAAUUUGUUGGAGGAAAGUAAUCCUAUGCUUUCACCUUUUAGUCCAGUAAAUGAGGCUUAAGUAUAAGAGGUUGUUAAACAGGAGUUAUGCAACGAAAGGAACUUUUGGAGUGUUAAAUGUCCCAUGAACUGUAAAGUUAAAUAGUCCAGGUGUGGGAGCUAUAGGCCUAUUUACCGGGGAACUGUAUUGCACAUGUAUUUCUGCACAAAAUUCGCGAUUGUCCUCAUAAAUGCAGUUGAUUUUGUAA